AUGUCACCAGAGAUCGCCGACUGUAUAAAUAGACUUACACCUUUAGUUAACACCACCGAUCAAAAGAGAGUACCCGGAUUCGGAACGCCAGAAGAUGUGCACCUUUAUUGUCUGCAGCAGUUUGUGUGGAGAUCUGGCAUGGUGCGCUGGGGGGAUUACAACAUCUCGAAGACAGACAUGGAUUUCGUCAAUGGUCUUCUUGCAUCCAAUGGACAGUAUGACAAGCUUGCAAAUCUUCAUCGUGGCGCUGCAACCAUGUCAGCCCACUUUGGUCCAAACUUUCUCGGGUGGCACAGAGUCUAUCUAGCUUUAAUGGAGGAAGCAAUUCGAAAAAUUAACAAAAAACUUUCUCUCCCAUACUGGGACUCAACGCUUGACUUUGAUAUGGAAAAUCCGGCAAACACAAUCAUGUUCGCACCGGAGUUCCUUGGAGACGGAUAUGGCUUGGUUACCACGGGACCAUUUGCUAAUUGGGCGACCCCUAUUGGUAAACUGGAAAGAAAUAUCGGCGGCGACAGUGAGCUGUUUUCUAAAGAGAUUAUCAAAUCGAUCAUGAAGCGUUGUAAGACUAGCGAAAUCGUCGCUCCUACUGCCGAAAGUGAUUCCGACAUUGAAUUAUACCACGGUGGACCCCACGUUUGGGUCGGUGGACAUAUGACAGGACUUAACACAGCCGCCCACGACCCUGUAUUUUUCCUCCACCACGCGUUUGUAGACUACAUUUGGGAAAUGUUCCGAACCCGCCAAUCAUCUGUUUGUAAAGUCAAUCCCGAGUUAGAUUAUCCAAAGGCCUCUGGUGAACAUGCCUCAAACAGAGCAAUGGACGGAUUGUCAGGAUACGUAAAUAUUGAUGGUUAUCGUAACUACUGGACGAAAUCCUGGUAUAAAUACGAACCUUCUCCUACGUGUCCGUCCUGUGGAUCUCCCUAUUUAAAAUGCAACAAAGCCCGCGGUGUGUGCGUGUCCAUUGAACGUAAGCUGACUCCGGAAGAAGGAUCACUAGUGCGCGGUAAUUUAGCGUUUGAUGCUGCUGAAACGGCAACUUCCGCGCGGGCAGCUAGUGCAAGAGAUCAAGUCAAACAGCUCGAUGUCGGUCCGACAUUUAGGGCACCUCCUGCUGAACCAAGGACGCAGAAGGCUCAACUGGCCCGCAUGAGAUAG